UCCCAAAGCGGAACUUCUCGCUUCUUCAAAUCACCACCGGAGCCUCAACGGCCAUUCCUUAUGUAAACCUUUCACUGCAAAACCCUAAUUCUCCAUCCCUCUAACAAUGGAGUUCAACUUCAGAGGAUGGGAUGCGCAGAUGCAGCACAUCUACCAUACGCCUGAAAAAGAGGGAUUAUGGAGCGGAACAAGUUUAGGCGGAGGCCGAGGAGCACCGGGGAUUUUUCCUGGAUUUGUGGAUACGAGAGCGGCCAUUCAGCUUGAACUUGAGAAGGAGAGGAUACGGGAGGAGAUACUGGCCGAGGAAAUAGCUCGUAAGGAGGCGGAAGUGAGGAGAGAAAUGGCGAUGGAAAUGGCAAUGCAUGGUGGUACUGAUGGGGGAUUUUCAUCAUCGUUGAAGGAGAGGAUACGGGGGGAGAUACUGGCCGAGGAAAUAGCUCGUAAGGAGGCGGAAGUGAGGAGAGAAAUGGCGAUGGAAAUGGCAAUGCAUGGUGGUACUGGUGGGGGAUUUUCAUCAUCAUUUAUGCUUAAGCCUCCACUAAGCCACACCAAUCGGUUGGAUCCAGGAAUGCCGCGAGGUCAACCGUUUGCACCGGCGUCGUUCGAAGAGAAAUACGGCUGCAGCGAACAUCAACGUCGUGAAAUUGGGAGCUUUCAGGAGGUCCCCUUCCAGCGGCUUCCUUCGUCACCAGGAGAUGCCAAAAAGAAAGUUAUUGAUCUGGGAAAGUCCAUUGGUGCAACCCUGUCCGGAGCAAAAGGGAAACCACCAUUAGCAGCAGCUGCAGGUUCUAGCGAGUGGAGCUGUGCGGUUUGUAAGGUGAGUGCCACAAGUGAGCAUGAUUUGAUUAAACAUCUUGCAGGGAAGAAACAUCAGACCCAAAUGGCAACCUUGAAAGCCAAUAAAGCUCAAAGACAUGGGUCACAACACAAGACAUGUAAGAAACAGUCAAUAUCGGGCGAUGGAGUGAUGAAGCUGAAAAAGAAAUCUGCUGAAAUUGGCCUUGGAGUUGCCCUCAACACAAUGGAAUCCAAGGUUUUGAAAAGCAACAAGUCAGUCAAGGCACAACCUCCAUUGAUCAAGAAUUCAAGCAAAUGUGUUUCGACUAGUUCAAACAAGGAAGAUAAGAAGAGUGAGGGAGAAGGCAUGAGACAGCAGUUCUUGUUUUUCUGUGAGAUGUGUCAUACAGGAGCUUCUACUGAUAAAGUUAUGAACACGCAUAUUACAGGGAAAAAACAUCUGAAAAACCUUCUGAAACUUCAUCAAGGAUCUGGAUCCCAAGCUGCUGCUGCUCCUGGAACAUAAAAGACUUGUUAGUCCAUGGAGAAACACAAGUUGAAAGUAUCAAAUCCGUGGUGGUGGACAUACAGUCGAUCUGAGGAAAGGUGAAAUCUUUCUGGAGUCCAGAAACAGUUUAGUGCAGGUUGAUCUUCAAAACUUUCCGUCUAUAUAAAAACCCACUCUUUGUGAACCUGGUUUGGUGGUUUAUUCAGGUUGUUUUUGGUUUCAUGGUAUGAACAUUAACAUUUUAUGGGGUAAAUUGGAAGUCCAAUUAAGGAUUAACAAACAAUUGGUGUUUUGUC